UCGAGAACGAGGGGGCACCUGGCCAGCAGUCAGUCUGUGGGGGUCGAUUUGGUGAGAAGCUGCGGUCAUUCUCUCAGUCUCGGCAGAAGCCAUGGGUCCUGCACUGCCGCUGCUGCUCGGGCUGGCCCUGGUCAGUCUGUCUCCGUCGCCGAUAGCGGGUGUCCACCAGGACGAGGCAUAUGAAGACUAUGCCUAUUAUGACUACACUGAGGAGCCUUCCACGAUCAGUGACUACGACCUCAGUUGGCUGACCGACCUGUUCGAUGUGCUUGACGAGUGUGAGCCAAAUCCAUGUCUCAACAAUGGGGUAUGUGACAAUCUGGUGGAAGGUGGAUACAAGUGUACCUGCCCAAGACCUUAUAAAGGCAAACAGUGCGAAGCAAGGGAGGAUCCCUGCAAGAAAGCCAAGUGUGGUCGUGGAGAGUGUGUCCUCACAGACAAGGCUCCUUUCUAUGAGUGCGUAUGCGAGCUUCCCUUCCGGGGACCAGACUGCAGGAAAGUCUCCAGGUGCAGACCAAGCCCCUGCUUGAAUGGUGCUAAAUGCAAGAGGGGACGAACCCGGACCCAGUUUGAGUGUCUCUGUCCUGCUGGCUACAGUGGAAAGUUCUGCCAAGUUGGGCCCGACGACUGCAUGGUGGGGAACGGCGAGUCAUACCGGGGCUCUGUGAGUGUGACUGCGGAGGGAAAGGCAUGUCUCCCAUGGAACUCUCACCUCAUCCCCAAUGCUGGUGAAAUUCUGGCCAACAGUGUCGACGGACUGGGACCCCACAGCUACUGCAGAAAUCCUGAUGGAGAGAGCGCCCCAUGGUGCUUCAUCAGAAAGAAGAGUAAGCUGGAUUGGGACCUCUGCGAUGUCAAGACAUGCUCAGUCCCUCCCACCGUCCCUGUCAUCCAUGAGGCCACAGACCCCCCCACCCCCGCUCCCUCUAGUGGUCAGUUUGCCCAGUGCGGGAAGCCUGAGCCGGGCCGCGCCACUGCCCGUGUCUUUGGGGGGAGUAAGGCCCUGCCGGCAGCCCACCCCUGGCAGGCCUCCAUGCAGGUCAGACCCAGGGGCUCCUUCACCCCCUUCCGCCACCACUGUGGAGGCAUCCUGGUGGGAUCCUGCUGGGUCCUCACGGCCGCACACUGCAUUAACCGCAUGCAUGAGAUGCAGGUGGAGUUGGGUGGCGUCAACCUGGACAAGGCAGAGGACUCGGAGCAGAUCAUCCCUGUCGAGAGGUUCAUCAUCCACGAGGACUACAGGGAGACCCCUGACGCGCUCCACAACGACGUGGCUAUGCUGAGACUGAAGGGUCCGAAGGGCCAGUGUGCCAAAGAGACCAGGUUUGUGAAGACGGCCUGCCUACCGAGCGGACCACUCCCAGACGCCACAGAGUGCUCCAUAUCCGGAUGGGGUGCCACAGAGCAAGAUAGUUACAGCAGCCAGCUGCUCUCAGCCAAGGUGCGUCUGAUCUCCAAAGACCGCUGCACAGCUCCUACAGUCUAUGGCAACAGGCUGGAUGACAGCAUGAUCUGUGCUGGCAAGAUGGAAGGAGGAGUGGACUCAUGCCAGGGUGAUUCUGGUGGUCCUCUUGUGUGUCAGAAGGACGGGACCUACUAUGUGUACGGCGUCGUGAGCUGGGGAGAUAGCUGUGGGGUGAAGAACAAGCCAGGAAUUUACGCACGGGUCAACCACUUCAUCGACUGGAUUGCAGCUAAAUUACUAUCUGACUAGUGCCGCAGAUUAGUGAGCGUGUGCAUGUGUGUGUGUGUGUGUGUGUGUGUGUGUGAGUGCGGAGUGUGAGAACGUUUUGCAGCAGGGUGGGUCACUGAAGCCAUCAAGCAGUUGUUGUUGAAAAGCAUUUCUUUAUAGUUUAAUGAAGUUUGCCCUAAAGCUGAACUGGCCAGACAUCCUAGUAGAGGUCUCAUACAGUAGGUCUUCAAGCAAGGCCAACCAUUUAAAAGCAUGCCACUAGAGGGCGCAAUACACUUUGCCAGCGCUCACGAUGGCCAGUGCGCAUAUGAGACUAUAAUGCCUGUCAUGCUGAAAGUCUAUCUUUUGUAAAAUUAUAUAUUUACAUUUUGUUCAGACUCACUAGCAUCUUCUAUCAUUCCAAGUAAUAAUGAUGUCAUUAAAAAUUGUGAUUCAG